AUGAUGUUGGGGUCGCCGGGGCAACAGCCUGGGGGGGCGGGGUCUGGGGCGGCGGCGGCGGCCGGGUCGGCCACCGCCGCCGGGGGCGUCCCGAGCUUCCCGUGCGGCGGCGGCGGCGGCGUGUCGGAGCGGUUCCUGGCGCGCUACGUGCAGGACUACCUGGAGUGCGUCGAGUCCCUGCCGCUCGACAUGCAGAGGAUGGCCUCGCUCCUGCGCGAGAUGGACACGCGGUGCCGGGAAGCAUUAAAAGAAAUUGAUGAAGUUUAUGAGAAAUACAAGAGCGAAGAUGAUCCCGUUCAGAAGAAGCGUUUGCAGCAGCAUCUUCAGCGAGCCUUAAUCAACAGCCAAGAACUAGGAGAUGAGAAAAUCCAAAUAGUUACUCAGAUGCUUGAGUUAGUGGAGAACAGAGCCCGGCAAAUAGACUCUCACUCUCAGUGUUUUCAAGAUCUUUCAGAUACUGAAAAACCCAUUGAGAAGUCAAAAGUGGAUCCUUGUCAACCAGAGAGAUCUUCACGAAGGCCACGCCGGCAGCGUACUAGUGAAAGCCGUGAUAUAUGUCAUAUAGCGAAUGGGAUCGAUGAGUAUGAUGACCAGCCUCCUAAAGAAAAGAGAUCCAAGUCUGCCAAGAAAAAGAAACGCUCUAAAGCUAAACAAGAAAGGGAAGCUUCUCCGGUAGACUUUGCAGUAGACCCUAAUGAACCAACUUACUGUCUCUGUGACCAAGUGUCUUAUGGAGAAAUGAUAGGGUGUGACAAUGAACUGUGUCCUAUUGAGUGGUUUCACUUUUCAUGUGUUGGACUCACCUAUAAACCAAAGGGGAAAUGGUAUUGCCCCAAAUGCAGAGGAGACAACGAGAAGACUAUGGAUAAAUGUACAGACAAAUCCAAAAAAGAUAGAAGAUCAAGGUAGUUGAUGCUCUAAAUAUGUUAACAGCGGCUUGGUUUUUAUUUUAAAAAAACUGUUUAAUAAGCAGACCAGUAUUUUAGAAAAAUGCAUAAAGCUAUGCAAUAACUUUUAAAAUCCACAGUAUUAAUGGAGUAUUAAUAGAUGUUACUACAAUUGUGCUCUUGAAUAUUCUGAACUAAAUAACCAAAUUCUUCAAACAGGGUCACAUAGGAGUAGCACGGGGGGGAUUCAGUUUCCCUCACUCUUCUUAAUAAUUGUAGAAUUAUGUUGAUGCCUGAUGAGGAAGAACUGGAGGGAUAAUCAUGUUAAGACUGGUGUGUUAACAUCUGUUGCAGUCACAACUUUAGUUACUUUUUAAGUCUUUCAAGGCAAAAGCCAGCCUACUUCUUUAUUGCCUUCCAUGUGAUCUGCAUAUAUGUCUUUAACUUAUUUAUGUUGAUCUUGUGGUGGUGUUUAGAUGUCUAUAUUUAGAGAAAGUAUAUUAAGUGAUGAAAUACUCAUGGCUAGAAGAGUUCCAUUCAGCAUUAUAAUGCCAGUUCUGAACUGAAGCUGAUUGUCUUUUCCAUGCUGCCUCUUCUCAUAAUGUUAGUUGUAUCAUCUUGC